UUCGUUCUUCGUUUCCCGUUUCUCAUUUCCCGUACGCCUCCAAACAGAGAGAAAACAGGGUCUCUCUUUCCAUCUCUCUCUCUCUCUCUCUCUCUCUCUCUCUCUCUCUCUCUCUCUCUCUGAAGCUGAAGGCCAGCCACCAGUCUGCCUGCUGCAACUUGCUCGAGUCAUACCAUGAGGAGCAUGAUCAAUGCCCAUUCCAUUGACAUGGGGAUGAGGAUGGGCUGAGACUGAGAGCCGCCAAACGAAUUCAGGCUGUGAUUGAAGACCCAAUCGGCCACAGCGGCAGCCGGUCCGCCCGUUUAGCCUCUGUGGUGCGAUCCAGAUCCCGCGUCGGAAAGACAGGGGAGUGAGAUUUCGACUGUUGUUUUUACUUUUCUGUUCGGUAGUGAAGCUGAAGGUUGAAGGGGGACUUGGAAGAAGGAAGAGGGGACAAGAUCAAAAAGCAGAGCCGGGUUUUGCUUCGGGGUAAAAAGGUAAAAGAGAGGAGCAGGAAGGAUGUUUACGUGCAUAGCAUGUACGAAGCAAACGGACGAUGGAGGAGAAGAAGGAGCAGCGCGUGGCAGCGGCACCCCAAAUACAAAAGAAGCCGUCAAAAGCCUGACGGCGCAGAUUAAGGAUAUGGCACUGAAAUUCUCUGGUGCGUACAAGCAAUGCAAACCAUGCACAGGGUCAAGCAAUUAUAAGAAAGGACGGCCGAGAUACCCGGAUUUUGAUACUGCUUCUGAAGGAAUGCCGUACCCCUAUAUGGGAGGUGCAAGCACAAGUUCUACACCUGCUUGGGACUUCACCUCUAAUCAUCAGUUGGGUGCAAGAUCGGACUCUCGAUUUACUAGACCAUAUGGUGGCGGUGAUCGUGCAUCAAUAUCAGCACAGUCUUGUGAUGUUGUGCUAGAGGAUGAGGAUGAGCCUAAGGAGUGGAUGGCACAGGUGGAACCCGGCGUACACAUUACUUUUGUAUCUCUUCCUAAUGGGGGAAAUGAUCUCAAACGAAUUCGUUUCAGCCGAGAGAUGUUCAACAAAUGGCAAGCGCAGCGAUGGUGGGGUGAGAAUUAUGACCGCAUCAUGGAGCUCUACAAUGUCCAGAGAUUCAACCGGCAAGCUCUUCACACUCCCCCAAGAUCCGAAGAUGAGCAGCAGAGAGAUUCUUCUUACUCAAGGAUGGGAUCUGCUAUGGAAAGCCCUAUGGCUCCAUCAGUGAACAAAGAUUGGACACCGAGGCACAACUAUAAACCGUCUGGAACUGGAAGUAGAGGGUAUUUCCCCUCUGAUGGUUUGGAUCAUGGUGGUGGCAGUGGUGGUCACUACUAUAAUGCUGGUGGGUCAAGUGCUUAUGGAGCAGGUGGCCCCAAGGGAGAGGCAUCAUCUUUUGAUGCAUCGCGGACAACAACCUCCUCUCGAGAUGAAGCUUCAGUCUCAAUUAGCAAUGCUAGUGAAGUGGAGUCGGAAUGGGUUGAGGAAGAUGAGCCUGGGGUGUAUAUAACCAUUAGGCAGCUAGCGGAUGGCACCCGGGAGCUCAGGCGUGUCAGAUUCAGCCGCGAAAGGUUUGGGGAGAUGAAUGCGAAGACAUGGUGGGAAGAAAACAGAGAGAGAAUACAAGCACAAUACCUUUAAAUUCUAACACUGCAUGACCAACAUUUCUGGUGGAAGGCAUGAAAGAUUUUAAGAUGCAUCUGGAUGUCUCAAGAAAGCUGGAAAAUAGAAGAUUUCAAUGGAGUCUCCAAUGGAACUAAUGAUGGUUGGAAAUUGAAUUGACCUUAUAUGGUCUAAAAGGGCGACCCCAAACCAACAAGGCUCCCCGCUUUGCGAGGGUUGGGGGGAAUGUGUAUCUUACACAGCCUUAUAUGUCUAACACUUUAAAUUACAAUUUUUUUAUUACCUUCCUUAUCAUAUAUAGUGAUGGCCCAUGAGGGUGGUAGUUCAUUCACAUGGGAUGGGAGACCCAGAUGUGUCCAUUUUUGCCUUCGAUUGUCUUUGGGUCUUCUUUUUUGCCCCUUACCAUUCCUCCUUGUUAUAUUUGGAAUUUUGGGAUUACGCGGCUCACAUUUGAGUUUGUUCUUUGUAACACAUAUAGUUUGAGAAAUGGAAUUUCAUUGAUUUGCAGUUA